AUGCCCAAACAACAAGAGCGCAAGAUCAGGGACGGCAAUGGCUCUGACAGGGAUAGAGCCAUGGCCAGCAGCACAGGGGUUGAUAUCGGAAAGCCCAAGAAGAAGAGGGAGAGGAAGGAUGGCAACUCGGGAGUCUUCGGCCGUCUGCUGCAGCGCGCAAAAAGUACAAAGGGCAGCAAGCCGCCGCGCCAGCGAGCCGACGCAGACUCGUCCGAGCAAGCCGCCCUCGUCCACAGCUUGAGGGAGGAGCUGAAGCCCGCAGAAUCCGGGGGUUCUCCGCCACAAUCACCCCUGAACUCACCAUACACUGAGCUACAUCCUCAACCGCAACAACGAACCACUGAAAGAGGCGCCCAGGCGCAACCUGCAGCGGCGCUAGAUCCCAAAAUGCCGACCCCGGGCCUCAAAAAGAGGGCUAGCUUUCGGGAUCGAAUAAGAUCGUGGCAGAAGAUCCCGAGCGGCAGCUUGAGCCCGUCCCUAGAAGAAUCCAAGUCCCAGUUUGUUUACACACCCAGGCACGCCGCCGCCGAUUUUGAGCGCUUAGCAGUGUCGCCCACGUCGCCACCGCCACGCCGCAUGUCAAGUGAAGCCCGGUCCGCGGUUCCAUCUCCCGAGAACAAUGCCGAUGUACUCGUGAGGCCACGGCGGUCUCCGCCCCUGCUGCAGACUUUGGAGGAGACCGAGGCAGGGGCUCCUGCACUUCGAACCCAGUCGCGGCCGAAGCGCCGCGAGACGGAAUCUCCGAGAGCCGAGCCGAGAGCUGGUAAGAAUGCGUCACCACCGCGGCACUCGAGGUCCCGGCCAAGCCGCGAUUCCUAUACGGUGGCAGAAGACGCCUGGGAAGCUUUGCAGGUGCAGUCGCCCAUGCAGCAGGCUGCAGCGGCGGCACUCAGAUUGCCCCGGGCGCCAUCCCUAGAACCCCACGUCCUCGACACGAGAACUUCCACAACCACCGCCGCCGGCGUGGUCGGAUCCGAGCCGGAACCCCACCCCCACUCCGACGCUGCUCCACCCAGCGACUACGAGAGCUUCCUCGCCCGCGCCCAAGCCAAAGACCGCGCGCACCGCGAGCAGGUUCUACGCAGCAUCUCGCAGCGCUCUGCAGAGCUCAAGCCGAGCCCCCACCUGCAAUACGCCUCGGCCAGCUCCUCGGCCGACAUGAGUGCCGGGUCGACAGUCGUGGCGGGACAAACCCCGGCGGACGAGAGUAGGAGCAAGAGCAGCCGCGGCGGGGGCGACGAGCAGCAGCAGCAGCAGCAACCCUUCCGCCGGGGACAUGCCAAGCGCGCGAGCUGGGCGCCGAGCUUCGACGCAAGCGGCUACGAUGCCGAGAAGACCCUCGAGAAGAAGAGCACAUCCACCGCGGCCACCCGCCACGCGCAGCAGCAGCAGCCCAUCGUCAUGGGGGUCGACGACACGUUCCAGCGGCCUGGGUCCCGGAUGGGAGACAAUAGCAGCCAGUCGCAACAGCCCGUCCGCACGCUGCGCAGGCAGGGGAGCAUCACGCAGCGCAUCGCCGAGUACAUCCGCCCGGCGCGCGAGGACAUUGCCAGCAAUUCUAACUACGAGCCGUCCGUCUACUACCGCCCGCCGAGCCGCGCCGGCAUAAGACGCUCGGGAAGCCAGAUGCAGCAGCCGAUCGAGACCCUCGUCGAAUGA